AUGGAUCUAAACUUUGCAGUGCCCACUGGUCUUGUUGUGAUCGGCCAUGCGAACAACAAUCUGGUCGUUUCCUGUUCCGUUUUGUCCCGCCUGCGCAUAACUCAGAAAGUUGUAAACCGAUGUAUUGUGGAGCAAAUCUGCGACUUCCUUUCUAUGGAUUGGACGAAACGUGAGAGAUCGCGUCUUGUUCCUAUGCCUUUGAAUGAUACGUUCAAGAUUGAUUUGAUGCAGCUUAAAAUUGAUGAAAAGGCAGCUCAAGCGAGUCGAAAGCCAAAGGAGGAAAGCAUAGUUGACAGCCGUGGCCGCAAGAAGAAAUUAUCUGGUACUCCAUUACCUUCUCCUAUUCCUCGAGAGGCAUCGCCGUCACCGCUUCCUCUUUCGCAACUUGAUAGCGUGCGAUCAAACUUCCAGAACCUACUGAAAAAAGCUGGAAAUGAUAAACCUUCGAAAUGGCC